AUGUUGCCGAUCCACGCUGACGACAAACCGUACAAGCCCGGCUUCCGGAUCAAGGAACGUAUCUCCGGCUGGAUCAGGUUAAUCUUCUCAGAUGCUGGUUCAAGAAAUUUAUUUCUUUUCCUACUGCUCAACUUGAGUAUGGCUUUUGUGGAACUUAUGUAUGGAAUCUGGACCAACAGUUUAGGAUUAAUAUCAGACUCAUUCCACAUGUUCUUCGACUGUACAGCACUCCUGGCUGGUCUGGCCGCCUCGUUGAUCGCUAGGUGGCGACCAAACAGCAAAUAUCCUUACGGGUAUGUAAGAGCUGAGAUAAUAGCAGGAUUUGUGAAUGGACUUUUCCUGCUCUUCAUUGCGUUCUUCAUAUUCUCAGAGGCCGUAGAGCGCAUGUUUGAACCGCCUGAAAUCCACCACGAACGACUUUUCCUAAUCUCAGUACUCGGCUUCUUAGUCAACUUGAUUGGCAUUUUUGCAUUCCAACAUGGCGGCUCCCACCACGGCCACUCACACGGAGGCGGGGGGCACGGACAUUCUCACGGGGGUCACGGCCACUCACAUGGGGGUGGUGGAGGUCAUGGACAUUCUCACGGAGGUCAUGGUCACUCACAUGGAGGUCAUGGUCACUCUCAUGAUAGUAACAGUGUCUUCCUGCACAUCCUGGCUGAUACGCUUGGUAGUGUGGGCGUCAUCAUUUCAUCCAUCCUCAUCCAUUUUUUCGGAUGGAUGAUUGCUGAUCCCAUCUGCUCCAUGUUCAUUGCUGUCCUUAUCGGCCUCAGCGUCAUACCCUUAAUUGGCGAAUCAAUGGCGGUGCUGAUGCAGAGGCAGCCUAAAGAGUUGGACGAUCUUCUGCCUGGAUGUUUCCAUAGGGUGAGUCAACUCGAGGGGGUGUACAGCGUGCAAGAGCCUCAUUUCUGGACGCUCUGUAGCGACGUCUACAUAGGAGCCGUCAAGCUGGAGGUGGCCCAAGGGGCUGACAACAAGUACAUCCUCAGUCAGACACACAACAUCUUUGCUGCCGCCGGAGUUAAACAGCUAUACGUACAGAUCGAUCACACAUCCAUCUGA